AUGCUGCACCUCGUUGGUCUCGGUCUCGCCGAUGAGACUGAUAUCACUGUCCGCGGUCUGGAGAUCGUAAAGAAGGCCGAGCGAGUCUAUUUGGAGGCAUACACUAGCAUCCUGCUUGUCGACAAGUCCAAGCUGUUCCUAACCACCAUGAACCAACAGGAAGCAUUCUACGGCCGCCCCGUCAUUGAGGCCGACAGAGAACUCGUCGAAACCGGCAGUGAUGACAUACUUGCUGGCGCCGACAAAGCAGACAUCGUCUUCCUAGUCGUCGGCGAUCCAUUCGGCGCAACAACCCACACAGACCUCGUCCUCCGCGCGCGCGAACUCAACAUCGAAACAAAAGUCGUCCCCAAUGCCUCAAUCAUGUCCGGAAUCGGGUGCACAGGACUGCAACUGUACAACUUCGGCCAAACAGUAAGCAUGGUAUUCUUCACAGAGAACUGGAAGCCCAGCUCCUAUUACGACCGAGUGAAAGAGAACGUCCAGAUGGGCUUGCACACACUCGUACUGCUAGACAUCAAAGUGAAAGAGCAAUCGCUUGAGAACAUGGCUCGCGGUCGACGGAUCUACGAGCCGCCUCGUUAUAUGACUGUUGCACAGUGUGCAGCUCAGAUGCUCGAGACUGAGGAGGAGAGAAAGGAGGGUAUUUAUGGGCCUGAUAGUCUUGCUGUGGGUGCUGCGCGGGUUGGGGCUGCUAAUCAGCAGCUUGUUUCCGGUACGCUUAAGGAGUUGGCUGGUGUUGAGAUGGGGGCGCCAUUGCAUAGUCUUGUUCUUCUUGGGCGGAGGACGCACGAUCUUGAGCGGGAUUAUAUUCGGGAGUAUGCUGUUGAUAAGGAGACUUUUGAUGCUAGUUAUGUGAAGGGGUAUGGGGCUAGUUUGUGA